CAGCUGUGUUCCCUCUUCUAUAUAGCCCUCCUACCCCAAGACGGCACGCACUACUUGUGCUCUCCCAAGGCCAAAACCACCCGCUGCUCCACCACCCCUCCGGCCUCUUCUCCUUCUCCGUCGCCGCCAUCUCCGGUCUCCUCCGGCCUCUCGAUCAGAAUGGGCAGCCUGGCGUCGGAGAGGACGGUCGUGGGGUGGGCCGCCCGGGACGCCACCGGCCACCUCUCUCCCUACACCUACACCGUCAGGGAGACGGGCCCUGAAGAUGUGGUCGUCAAGGUUCUGUACUGUGGGAUCUGCCAUACUGACAUCCACCAGGCCAAGAACCACCUCGGCGCUUCCAAGUACCCCAUGGUCCCUGGGCAUGAGGUGGUCGGUGAGGUGGUGGAGGUCGGGCCCGAGGUGACCAAGUACCGCGUCGGCGACGUCGUCGGCGUCGGGGUGAUCAUCGGGUGCUGCCGCGAGUGCCGCCCCUGCAAGGCCAACGUCGAGCAGUACUGCAACAAGAGGAUCUGGUCCUACAACGACGUCUACACCGACGGCCGGCCCACGCAGGGCGGGUUCGCCUCCACCAUGAUCGUCGACCAGAAGUUCGUGGUGCCGAUCCCUGCUGGUCUGGCGCCGGAGCAGGCGGCGCCGCUGCUGUGCGCGGGCGUGACGGUGUACAGCCCGCUCAAGCACUUCGGUCUGACGGCCCCGGGCCUCCGCGGCGGCAUCCUGGGCCUCGGCGGCGUGGGCCACAUGGGCGUGAAGGUGGCGAAGGCGAUGGGCCACCACGUGACGGUGAUCAGCUCGUCGUCCCGGAAGCGCGCGGAGGCGAUGGACGAGCUGGGCGCGGACGCGUACCUGGUGAGCUCCGACGCGGCCGCCAUGGCGGCGGCCGCCGACUCGCUGGACUACAUCAUCGACACGGUCCCCGUGCACCACCCGCUGGAGCCGUACCUGGCGCUGCUGCGGCUGGACGGCAAGCACGUGCUGCUGGGCGUUAUCGGCGAGCCGCUGAGCUUCGUGUCCCCCAUGGUGAUGCUGGGCCGCAAGUCCGUCACGGGCAGCUUCAUCGGGAGCGUCGACGAGACCGCCGAGCUGCUGCGGUUCUGCGUCGACAAGGGGCUCACCUCCCAGAUCGAGGUGGUCAAGAUGGGGUACGUCAACGAGGCGCUCGAGCGGCUGGAGCGCAACGACGUCCGGUACCGCUUCGUCGUCGACGUCGCCGGCAGCAACAUCGAGGCGGCGGCGGCGGGGGCGCCGGGCAACUGACGAAGUGCCGCCCGCGUGGAACCGUGUGAGGCCGUGCCGGUGUGGCGUUCGUUCUCGUGUCCGAGGUGUACGUGCGUGCGUGGGCUUUCUGCUUCCUUAAGAGUUGUGUGCGUUGGAUCGGCUUGCAGAUGAUGGAUGCUUGAUAUGAAUUUCAUUAUGUAGUAGUACUAUUAUACUUGGAAGUUUACAUGUAUGAUGUACCUGGUGUCACCAUCAA